CACACGACGGUUGAGGCAACUUACCGGACACCCUGUAUAUAUAUAUCAGAGACAAACAUGAGAGCGGCUACCGGGAUUUAGCGGCCGUGUGUGCUAGCAGCUGUAUAUAUUUAUAAUUGUUGGUGAUUUUUAUAAUUUAUGUCUGUAAUUUAUAAAAUAAAGUAUAGAAAACUAUGGAGUGUUAUUCCCAGCAAAAACUCUUGAUAGAAGCUUUCCGCACUGACUGCAAGACAUUGAUAACACGUUUUGAACUGACUUAUAACACUCACUUUCAAAACUUUUGUGAGAUCUGGAAGGAAAUGCAAUUUAGCUUAGUUUUUAGUUGUCAUCCCUCUGAAGGAGCUUUAAUGUCAUUUUGCGAAGAUGCUCUUUGUGUAACAAAGCAACUUCUUAUAAAUAAAUGCAGCUUAAAAGAGCGUAUUGGAGCUCUGUAUCUUAUGUAUUCAAUCUACUAUAAAAUGCCAAUGGAUCAGUUAAAAAUUAGAAUGACCAUGUCAGACUGGAAAUGUGUAAUGGAGUUGCAUAGUGAAAUCAAAAAGGAGGAAUAUCUUGAUGCUAAUUACAUCUUGUGCAAGUUGAUCGUUGAGCAUGCAUUUGUUCUUUGCAUCAGCGACAGAGAGUAUGGCAUUGAGAGGCACUUUUAUAAAAGGCAGGAACAUCCUAAAUUGGACGUCAAUUUGAUGCCAGAGAUUAAGGAUCUGACAGCGCCUGGGAAACUGUUGUCAUCAAUCGGCAGAUUGAGCAAAAUCUAUGAGGAGAAGAAACGUCUUUUAUACGACGCAGAGGGAGAUUCUAGCUUGCAACUCUAUGACGCCAACAUGGCAGAUGAUAUCGUUAAUAACAUUCGCAUAAUGCAAUCUGAGAGUAGGCUAUUUGCCAAAUCCAACACGGAUCCAGAGCCGAGUUGUAGCAAAUCAACAGCAUCAUCGUCAAAUAGCGAAGCUGUUCAGAAAGGUCAAAAACGUAUUCGAUUUCGCAAGAAUAGUAUUUUGUCCAAGAUAGGGCGAGGAUUUGAAAAAGGAUUUAAAUCAGAAUCCGAAGAAGAACAGGAUUCGGAGAUGGAUUUUCUGGAUGACACAUGAGAAAGCUCGACAUUAUUUUACAGAAACAAAUGUAAAAAAUUAUAAUAUAUUCAAAAGACUUCAUUCAAGUAUUAUCUCAAAUGUACAUACAGAUAUAAAAAAAGAAAAAAAAAGUUUUUUUACUUUU